AUGGAUUAUUCAGGAUGCAGAUGUAAUGAUACGACAAUAGCCAUGAGAAGUUAUAUUUGCGGUGCUAGUAAUAUGUUUUGUGCAUCUGGUAGCAAUUGUACCGGUUGGAAUAAUAUGUCUAUAUUAACAAUCUGUACUGAUUAUAGUACUACACUUAAUAUUAGUUCUGGUGAAUACUAUGGAAAUCAAACAGUAUCCUUACGCAAUUCAUUUAGUAUUACAUUCAUUGAUAGUCAAUGGUUCGGAAACCUAUAUGUUGGAAAUAAUACUUUGUUUUACCUUACUGCUCAAAUCAAUAUUAAUAUUCGACCAGAUGGGUAUAUUAAUAAUAGUCCCUUUGCUAUAACUCUUCUAAUUGUUUACAAACAAAUUAAUAUUCAACAUGUUCAUGUUGUUAGUAUUAGUGAUUUUGAUGCAUCUGAUUUGAUAAGAUGUCGAUGGGCGAAUACAUCAGGUAAUAUUAAUUCUGCUAAUGAAUGUGGAAGUGUAUGCCAAGGUGUUCCUAAUGCUACUCUUUUCGGUGAUAAUUGUACAAUUGUAUUUACAUUAUCAGUGCCAUAUCAAUAUGCGGUAGUAGCAUUACAGAUUGAAGACUAUUAUAACUCUGCUUCAACAAUACCAAUUAGUUCUACUCCACUUCAAUUCCUUUUUUAUGGUUAUCCUCCACCUGCUGGUUGUAAUAAUCCACCACAAAUCAUUGGUAGUCGACGUUGUAUUGGUGCACCUAUUGGUUUGAACGUUACUGAAUUUAUAACCGCAAAAGUAUUUUGUCCUGAAAAGAAUAUUAUUGAAUUUAUUUCAAAUUCACCAAUCGGUAUGGAAAAGGUAUUAUUACAAAUCCAACCUUUGGUCAGUAUCUAUCAAAUUCUUUCAAGUUGGGUGCGCAAUGCUGAUCAAUACGGUGCACAAGGUUUUUCUGUUAAUGCUAUUGAUAACACUGGUGUUCAAUCGAAUCGAAUCGAUGGUCCAUCACUUUCUUAUGAAGUGAAUGUUGACACUAAUAUAACGUUCUGGGAUUCUACUAAUAAUUCAGUUGCUGCAUCAUUCAAUUGUAGGAUUGCAUCUGAAGUAACAUAUAUUGGUUUUACAAUUUCCAUACGUUUUCCAGUUGCACCAUGGAUUGAAGGACAUUCUUAUUAUGUUACUUUUGAUAGUGAUGCCGCUAGUGGACUUGAACUUUGUGGUCCUCAAUCACAAGCAAUUACUGAUCCAACAUUUUGGGUGUUUAAUAUAUGGAAAUCACCCGUUUUAACAACUAAUAUUACUUCAUCAACACCAAUAACUCUUUCAACUUCGACAACUUCUAUUUUAGUACGUUUACUGAAGUCCUUCUCUUGUGAAUACCUUAGUUAG